GGGGCAAUCAAGUUUCGUCAAACAGUUUGCAUUGACGUUAAGGUUGCAAUAUGGCAGCGCUCAUGGUCCAAAACUAACGUGAAGGGCUUUCGCGUGUGUGUGAACGCAGAUUAUUCCACUGUCAGGCAAACAAGACGGACAAACGUGUAGCGGUCCAGACAUACAGACAGUAUGUCCAAGAUAUCUAAAGCGGCCAAGGCAGUGAAAAAGUUGGAUACUAGCAGUGUGAUCAGGGCGAUUGUGCGGUCUGGACAGGCAGCCCCUGGGCCCCCUCUGGGCCCCAUCUUAGGACAGAGAGGCAUUCCAAUCGGUGCCUUUUGCAAAGACUUCAAUGAGAAAACCAAGGACCUCAAAGAAGGCAUCCCUCUUCCCAUCAAGAUCAAUGUGAAGCCUGACAGGACAUAUGACCUGAAAAUCGGGCAGCCCACUGUGUCAUACUUCUUAAAACAGGCUGCGGGUAUUGCAAAAGGAGCCGGAAAGACGGGGCAUGAGACAGCAGGUAUGGUGUCUGUGAGGACCGUAUAUGAGAUUGCACUGGUCAAAUCCCAGGAUGACAGCUUUAAGCUGCAGGACGCCUCUAUGCAGACCGUCGUCAAGAGCAUAAUCGGUUCAGCCAGAUCCCUUGGCAUCAAAGUCGUCAAUGACCUGUCACCAGACGAGUACAGGGAGUUUCUCGGAGAGCGUGAAAGACUGAGGGCUGAAGCAGAAGCAGCCGCCGCCGCUGAGGCAGCAGGCGGAAAGAGAAAAUGAAGAGCUGGUGUGUGCUGGAGUUAUUUAUCAAUACACUGCUGACAUGUCUAUGGACCUUAAAACUGAUUGUACGACUUUGGAAUUUUUGCUAAUAAAAUGUGCUGAUUUGCUUUCGAAUUUA